CAUGAUUAUUAGAUCUAUUUGAAUCAUAAAACUUAUAAAAAUCUAUAGAUCUAAAAUUAUCACAAAUAUUAAUCUUGAAUCUAAGAUCUAUAUGAAUCUUGAUUCUAAAAUUAUUUGAAUCUCUAAAGAUCUAGGAAUCUCUAAAAACUUAUAAAACUUAUUAAUAAUCUAAGAUCUAUAUGAAUCUUGUUUCUAAGAACUAUUUGAAAUUAUAAAAGAUAUUAGAGAAAAUCAUAAACCCCUUUUAGCUAGCAAGCCUUAAAAUUGGUUCCCCUUUCUCCUAUUUUGAUCCGGCCUUAAAUCCGGAUUGACUAAAGGAUUGAAACCCAUAAUCUUUGUUUGGCCGUAUUACCGGCUGUAUAGCCAGAUGAAUAAGCUGGCCAUCAAAAUCUUAAUCCCAUUCGAUGUGCUUACUGAUCCAAAUCGGCCCUUAUCCACAUCAAAAUCUCAAAUCCCCUUGUUUGUUUUAUAACCGGAUAUGUAUCUUGAUGGUCAUUAUACAUAUCAAUUCCCUAAAUCCUUUUUGCUUGAUUUUUAUCAAUCCCCUAAACUCUAAGCAAUAAUCGGCUGAACCCCUAAAUCCAAAUCCGGACAUGAUUUUUUUUUUCCGGCCAUGACCUUUUCCGGCCACAAUCUUUUCAGCCAUAAUCUUUCAGUCAAACCCAAAGAUAUCAAAACUUAAAUCCUAAUCAAUGCAUAUCUUUGACCAUUGAUGUUUUAUAUUGUAACUGAUCAAAAUUUAAAACUUUUAUGAUUGUUUUAAAUGCAUAUCUUUGACUAGGUAGAAUUUAUCAAAAUAUUAUAACAUAUAGCUUGAUUUAAAUAGUUAUGAUAUAGGCUAAAAUAAAUACUAAGUUGAAAUCAUUUGAUCACAUAGUUGUUUGUCAAAAUUUAUCUAAAUCUAAACCGGCCUUGAAAUCGGUUCAUUAUAGUUUGAACAAAUGAUAUAAAUUUAUCUUGAUCUAAAAACCAACCUUGAAAAGUGAUUUUGUGAUGAUUGAAUUAUAUACUGAUCAUAUAUAAAUAUCUGAUAGCAUCUAUUAGAUCAAACAUGGAUUAGUAAAUUGUUAGAUCAUACACAUAUCAUGAACUGAUCAUUUCCAUGCAUCCGCUUGUCAUAUAGUUUUAUUAAAACUGAGCAUGCAUACAUAUAAUAGAUCAUUCUAAUCAUGGGGCAUUUAAAAUAAAAUCUAAAUUGGUUCAUAUUGCUUGCAUCUAAUUAGAUUAAAUCGGUUAUUUUUAAAGUUAAGCAUGUUUGUUUAAUUUGAAAACAUAAACUAGCUUUGAAACCGAUUGAUUGAAAAUCUAAUUGAAUUUGUUCUAGACAUAUCCUGAAAAUUAUAAAAUUUUCUUGUCUUGGUUUACCCUGUAAAAGGGGGAAGGAAUCGGUUUUUGCUUUAUGAUCUUUGAAAACCAAAUAUCCUCAUGCAUUAGGAAUCACAUAUAGAUUGUUUAAGUCCAAUGCUUAGUUCUGAACAUGCAUUCAGCUAUUUCUUGAUCCAUGCAUUUGCUUGAUUUCAUCCAUCUUGCUUGAUCUAAUUUAAUAAAAUAAUGAUUGAUCCUUAUUCAAAUUCUAAAGGGCCUUAAUACCCUAUAUAUAAUCAAUCCAAUUUGAAUUAUAAUUAAAAGGAUUACUAGAUGCAAUGAUCAAUUAAUCAUUCUCAUACUAAGAUUGCUUAAGCAAAUAGAUUAUAUGAUUUGGGGGAAAGCCUUAUUGAAAUCAUAUACAUUGAUUUAUUCUAUUGCUUACAUAGAAUUCUGAGUGCUUGAAUUACUCGUUAAAUAUUCAGAUGUCGAGAUUUGAACCCUCAGAUUACUCUGCCUUAAAUCUCUCUGGAGAUAAUUACCUAGAAUGGGUAAAGAAUACUCUUGUUGCCCUGAGAUCCAGAGGACUCGGACAAUGCAUCAAUGAGUACAAUGAUAUCAUUGACAGUGAAAGGCAUAGAGCUAUAACGAUUAUUCGUUAUCAUCUCACUGAGGAAUUAAGAGACCUGUAUCUCCAUGUUGAGGAUCCUUGUGACCUUUGGUUACAGUUAAGGAAAAGGUUCAAACCGGUAUCGUGGCAAAAGGCCAACCAUGAAUGGGAGAUCCUCAGAUUCCAGGAUUUUGAAUCCGUGGACAAAUAUAAUUCUGCUCUGAUGGAUAUUGCUUAUAGUCUUGAACUAUGUGGUGAAAGGAUAACACAUUAUUCUUUAUUAUAUAAGACCUACUCCACAUUCCAUCCAAAGGAUGUGCUGUUGCUACACACGGCUAAGAAGUUCACCACUUAUAAUGACCUUUUGUCAUAUCUUUUGGCUUCUGAACAAAGAAAGCAGAAAAUCAAAGAUACCAUCAACAGAUUUGACAAGCUUCAGAAAAGAUACAUUGAGCUAAAGAAUAAUGAGAUGAGGCCUCCUAUAGCUGAUGAAGCUGAAGUUGAGCGCCAUAUGGCAACACAUGCAUUGUGAAGGCCAUAUUAUAUAAUUGUCUUUUGACAUUCUCAUUUUCAUGUUUCCUGAGUUUAUGUUUCAUGAAUUGCUUUGAUACUUUGCUUUAUACACGACUUCAUUAAUAAAAUGAAUUACUUUGAGUUCAUCAUUAUCUUAUUCAAAUUGUUGUUUGAUAAGAAACUAUAUUUAUAUGCCUUUAUUGUGCCAAGAUAAAUAUGAUCGAGGAUUAAUACCCCAACUCACUUUUCCAAAGAGUUCAAAGAAGCCUUUGACAAAUGGCACGACAUGCUCUGCCAUCCAGGCUCAGUUAUAAAAUACUCUUGAACUCAACUGGACAUUCCUUGAAAGAAAGGAAAAGAAGCUCGACCAAGGCUUUGCCUAAAUGGCAUUAUAUUCACCCUAUAAGGUCCAUUGAAUUGAGAAGAAAAAAUGGUUUCCAACAAUGGACAAAAGGGAAUAAGAGUACCUAAAUUAAAAUCGCCUAAGUGGUCGAGACUACAUUCUCUAUUGAUCUAGUGAUCAAUAUGAUAUUAGGCAAAUAGCCAGGGCAAUCAUGUUUGAUUAACCCACGAAAUUUAUCACUUAGAUGGCAUUACCAUACUUAGCCAUUCGGAUUAUGAUGCAAAUAUUUAAAAGGGCACAAAUGUUAUCCCAUAAGAUCUCACGUGUGUGCAAUAUAUCUAUGCACAAGGGAAUUUAUUGUCCCAAGCACCACGAAUUUGAGUAUGUUCAUGAGGGGGAGUGAGGACAAAUCCCAUGAUACAUGACCAUACUAAAAUCCGUGAAACAUGGUCCACAACCAUAUUACAUAUUGGUUGAAUUUGAUAUAAAGACCAUUACCUAUAAGGUUCAAAUUCUAAAAGUCCAUAUGCUUGGGAACAUUAUGAGUUAUAAAAGAAUGAACCUGCAUCAGGCCAUAGUAAUUAUAUCAGGCCAUAUAAGUGAUCAUAGAUAUUCCCACCUCAGACUGAUAUGGGUCAUGAGUCCAGACAUAUAUCAUCUUAAGAUAUUAUGAAAGAAUCCACCACAAAUAUAUGUGCCAUCUAAGAUCAUGUGAUCUUAGAAACUCAUAAUGAGGAUUGGGAAUAUAUGUUGGAUAUAUAUUAUGAAUAUACUUUUUCCAUAAGUUUAAAAGAAACCUUGAGCCAAAAUGGGUGAUCUAAUUAUAGACCAAGGAACAAGGAUUACAUAAGGUUUAUGAAUCCGAAUAUCCAACAAUGAAAGGAGAAAAGUAAUAAGCUGGUAUAAAGAAUGAUAAAGAAUGGUAUCUACCAUCUGGUAUCAACCAUCAAUGUCUUGGCAAAGAUCCUCGGACUAGAAAAUAAUUUAUAGACGUCCAUAUGCUACAAUGAUAGCAAAAUAAAAUGCCAGACACAUUGACCCGAGAGAAAGAAUGACUAUGUCAUCCCAGCUUAGCACCACACGGUUUUGAUGUCUUAAAGACACAACCAAGUUGCUACAAAGUCUAUAUAGGAUAGACCAAAUAAAUGUUCCAAAUAAAGUUCCAUAAAUUCUAAGGAACCUCGGAAAGAAAGAAAGGUGCAUGAGAUAAAAUCCGAGUUUUAUUAAAGGAAACCAUUCCAGACAUUGAGAUAUAAGGCUGGCCAGCUGAACAACUAGGUACCAUACCAUAUAGCUUGGGACGCCAAGUUAUAAGGUUAUUAAGGUCCUAGAUAAUGAAAUCUCAAAUUGAUUUAUACCAUGUCUGGAACUAAAAGGAACUAUAUAUAUAUAUAUAUAUAAGUGUGUCGACACAUACAUUAAUAGAAAAUGCGCAAGUAUGUAGCACAUGAAUACAAAGAUAUGUAUCGAGGAUCAUAAACCCACACAAGAGUACUCAUAAUGAAUAAUGAAAGAAACGUGGGGUUUAAAGUGAUAUAUAAAAGACGUAUUGUAUUGGCCAUGAAUAUGUAAACGCCAUAUGAUGCCCAGUGAAUAUAUAAAUCCUGAAAGAAGGAUAAAUCGUGAGACAGACCGGGAAAGGUCUAUAUAAUCCAAUGUGGUGGAUACUACUACAUAUUUCACUACAUAUGAUGUCUGGAAGAAAUUCAAAAGAUGUAGUAUGCUAUAUAUGACUCACUGGAUGAUGAUGAUAAUAUUAUUAGUACAAAAAGGUUUACCAAACGAUAUUGAGCUCAUAAUCAAAAGAUGAGAAAAGAAGUUCUUUUGAACAGCAUUUUCCUAAAGUUGUUCACGGACUGAAUUAAAUUACUACAUGUAAGCAAGUGAAGAGUUCUAUAAGAACAAUUCAAAUCAGUCCAUAGAGGAAUUUUAAAUUCCUUGUGUUUUAUACUAACCAGCCUAAGAUAGGUUAAAUGGUUAUUCAUUAAACCAUAGAAAAGGUUAUAGACCAUCACCACAAAUUAGCCAAAUUUUGGUAAUACUUAUGGUUGGUCGAAUUCUCAGCAUGAACCAACCAAGCUGUGGUAUGAAUGAAUAAGCUAUCAUAAAGAUAAGCUAUAAGAUCGAAGUUCAUCUUUGAACAAAAGGUAUAGGACCACAUUAUGCGUCCAUAUGCGACCCAACGGGUCCGACCAUCAUAUAUGAAGAUAAUGCAGCUUGCAUUGCUCAACUCAAAGACGGGUAUAUCAAAGGUGACCGAACCAAACAUAUUCUACCCAAGUUUUUCUUUUCCCAUGAGUUGCAGAAAGCUGGAGAGGCCAACGUCCUUCAGAUCCGGUCUAGUGAAAACUCAGCCGACCUCUUCACCAAAUCAUUGCCCUCUUGCACAUUCAGGAAGUUCACGCAACAAGAUUGGCACGCAUAGACUCAAGGACCUUCAGUGAUGUCCAAAUCAGGGGGAGUAAUGUGUGUUGUACUCUUUUUCCUUUCUCUGGUUUUCCUUUUCACCACAUUGGGUUUUGGGUUUUCCGGGAGAGGUUUUAAUGAGGCAACAUUAGCAUGUUACAAACCCUAUUUGGUUAUAACAUCCAAGGGAGAGUGUUAUGAAUCAUGAAGUGGAUGGUCCAUAACCUAGACCAUACAAGUUCAAGACUAGAGUCCAUUGGGGGGUUUACAUCCAGCCACAUGGAAGACCCAUUCCACCUUAAUCUUUAUGAGUUUGACCAUGUCAUUAUGUAGAGUAUCUUUGUAAUCAAUUCUCCCUUUCACUCCACCUUAUAUGAACCACUAUAUAUAGUGGUGUAAGCAAUAAGAAAUAUACAACACAUUCUCACAAAUCUUCUCUCAAAUUUUAACAUUAAUCAUUUUUUAUAUAUUUACUCCGGUCAGUGUUUAAUCAAAGGUACGUAAAGUGACUUCUUUUUGUAUUCAUAGUUAUCUCGGAGAGAAUCAAUUAACCGUAGAUGCAACAUUUAUUUUUAUUUUAUCAUUGUUUAUUAUAUAAUUUUUUCCUAAUUAUUCUAGUUUAUGGACUCCCAUUUACAUAUUAUAAAUAUGUUAAAAGAUAAUUCUAAAAUAAAAAAUAACAAUUGAUUUUUUAAUUACAUAUCAUAUAAUUUAUAUCUUAACUACAUAAUACAAUUUUUUUAUUAUUUUUUUUUGAAACAUAAUUUUUUUUGAAACAUUUUUUUAAAUUUCUUGUAUAUGUUAUCAUAUAACUUAAUGUAAUAUUUGAAUUACACACUAUUAAAAAAUAUAAAAAAUACUCUUUUGGCUCCACCAAAAUUGUAAUUAUGAAAUUCUUACACACUAUUAAAAUUAAGUUAUAAUACCAAAAAUAACUUUAUUAUACUACACAUUUGGAAGAAUUUCAUAGUAAGAAAUUCUUCACUCUUUUCAGAAUUCAACAUAUCCGAAAGCAAAGAACACAAUGUCUGAUAAGCUUACACGAAGUGCUCGGACUCAGUCUUCUGCUAUAUAUGGUUUAUGAUGAUUCGAUUCCACCGAGUUGGCUCUCGGACUCGAGAUCUUCGUAGUUUAGUAUAGCCUAUGUUGAAAAAGUUAUUUUAAUACAUAAUUUAUUUUUAAAAAUAAUGUCUGAAGGCGAUGGCGGAAACCCUACCGAUGAAGACAGCACCCCACUCCGAAUUCCAGCAUCGGCGAGCCACGCUCCUCCAACUCGAACCAAACCACUCCACUGAGGAAUGCCCAGAAAUCGAAAUCGUCGAAGGAGUUGCUUCUAUUCAGAUGCAAUUUUUGAUGAAGCAUAGCUCCUUUGGAAAAGUUUCGUGGUUGGUUACUUCAUUGGGGGUGCGCCCCAUGUAGGUUCCAUUCACGCUACUGUGAAUCGAAUCUGGUCAUCUCCAAAAGCGGGGUCCAAAAUUGAUGUUCAGUUCAUUGAUAAGAACACGGUUUUGUUUCGUAUUGACAACAAUCAGAUGAGGUCUAGAGUGAUUGGUCGUAAGUACUGGCACAUCUCCGAUGUGCCACUUGUAGUGAAUGAAUGGUCACCGGAAUCGGCGUUAAACCCUCCGGAUCUUUCAGCUAUGCCCGUAUGGGUUGAUCUCAAAGGGGUUCGUAAUGGUCUUUUUUCCCAAAAAGGCCUAAAGUGUCUUACCAGAGCGGUAGGAAAGUUUGUUAAGCUUCACCCAAACACUGAGCGCUGUACGUGUCUGGAUGUAGCUCGUGUGCUAGCAGAGAUUGAUUUGCAUCAGCCUCUUGUUGAGAAGAUCGUGUUCAAGGAUAAAGAUGGUUUGCAAUGGGAGAUUGAAGUGCAGUUCCCGUGGCUCCCUGCUCGGUGUAGUAUCUGUCAUGGCUGGGGUCAUAAGAACACUGAAUGUAAGGACACAUGCAUAAGGAUGUUGAGGCGUUCAGAAGAUGUAGGAGAGGAGACUAGCUUUGGUACAGUUCCCCAAGAGAUUGUGGUUGUUACUACUGCUGUCAUUGGUGGUACGGUACCCCAAGAGACUGAGGUUGUUACUACUGGUACUGAUGCUAUUGGUGCUACUGGUACUAAUACUACAGAAGCUACUGCUGCUACUGGUGGUAUGCUAGGCCUUCUAAAAGAAUUAGAAGCCUUACCAAAGGAUGGUUCCCUUCAGGCGCUGAAUAGUUCUGUCUCUAAGGAAGCCAAUCCAGAAAAAGUUUUGCGGAUCACGCUCACUGACCCAACGAUUGAAGUGUUCCCAGCAACUGAAGUAGGAGGCUGGGCAACGGUUUAUGGUAAAUCACACAAUGAGUCUGAGACAGUUGAGAUUGAGAACCAAAGUUUGGAAGAGAGAUUUGCGACGGUGGAAGAUCCUAUUGUGGUUUCUCCAUCACGUUUUAGCCCGUUGAUGGGCAUUGAGGAAGAGGAGGUGGCAGAAGUAGAGGAUGAAGUAGAGGAGGGAGAGAUACCGGAAGAAACAGGGCACCCUAUUAAUCGUGUUUCCUCUGCAGCUAAGAAGAGUUCAUCCUCAGUGAGCCAUAAAUCUUCGAAGCAGAAGGUUGUACGAAUAAGAGACCUGAAAUUCGUCAAUCGACAUGGAAACUCUAAAAAAACUUCCGUUAGGAAGUUAUGACGUCAUUUUUCUCAUGGAAUAUGUCUGGCUUCAAUAUGUCACGCAAGCACCGCGCUCUCUGGAGUUGGAUACAAACAGAAAAGCCAUUGUUUGGUUGUCUAAUGGAAACAAGGGUACGUGAGGAGAACCAGAGGAAGUGUAUGGAUGCAGCAAUGCCAUCCUGGAACUCAAUAACAAAUUAUGAUCAUCAUCAUUUAGGGUGAAUCUGGUUUUGUUGGUCUGAUAGAGUUGUUGUUACGCUGCUGCACCGGAGUGCUCAAAUGAUUACUUGUGCAGUUAAAGUCCCUGAAACUGGCGAGCAGUUCAUUUGUUCAGCAAUUUACGCCUUUAACACAGCAGCAGAGAGGAGUCAUUUAUGGAGAGAGAUUAGGGAGACGCAAUCAGCCCAUGCUCAUCUGAAUUUGCCUUGGGUAAUGCUGGGCGACUUCAAUGUCACGCUAUCAUCAAGUGAGCAUUCUCGCAGUUUGGACUAUCGGACAGAUCAGAUUGGUUUGAGGGCUUUUCAGGAGGUUUUGACGGACUGUUCUCUGGUUGAUUUUUCUUAUGGAGAGGCUCUUUUCACUUUGUGGAACAAGAGGGACGAGGAUCCAAUAGGGAACAAGUUGGACAGAGCUCUAGUCAAUGGAGACUGGCUGCGUCAUUUUCCCAAUUCCCAUGCUUACUUUGAUGCUGGAGGAGUAUUAGAUCAUGCUAGGUGUUUGAUCAGACUAACUGGAAUACAUGAUUAUGUGAGUAAACCUUUCCGUUUCUUUAAUUUCUUGGCAGAAAACGAGGAGUUUUUGCCAACCAUUCAGGAAACCCAGAGCUCAACUGCUAGGCUGUUCCACUCCCGUACAGCACUUUCCUCUUUUCACAAAAAGCUGAAAAUGCUAAACCCGGUUCUGCGGACUUUGAACCGUACGCAUUAUGGAGACCUUCCCAGCCGAACCAAACAAGCUUUUGAGGAACUGUGUGAGUGCCAGAAUAGGGUAUUGUCUGAUCCUACCGCAGAAAAUUUUUCGCAAGCAGCAGAAGCUUAUGACAAGUGGAAUAAACUGGCUCGUAUUGAGGAGAAGUUUUAUAGGCAGAAGUCAUGCAUUCGUUGGCUUCAGGCAGGAGAUCAAAACACAUCUUUCUUUCAUCGAUCAGUUCAAGCUCGAGCUACCCAGAACACCAUCCGCAGGCUGGUAACAGAGCAAGGGGAAGUGCUCACGGCCCCUAGUGACUUUAAAAGAGAAGCAGUGGCCCAUUUUCAACGUUUUCUGCAGGCGCAUGAGCAAACACAGGAGAUUUCGAUUGAGUCUCUGCAGGAUUUAUAGACGUACAGAUGUCCUACUGCUGCCUCGACAUCCUUGGUAUCUCCAGUCACUGCUCAAGAAAUCUAUGAGGCUCUCCUAUCUCUCCCCAAUGAUAAAGUCUCAGGACCAGAUGGGUUUACUAAGGAGUUUUAUGUUGCUGCCUAGAAAGUAAUUGGUUAGGAUUUCAUCACAGCGAUCCAGUAUUUUUUCCUUUUCAUGUUCUUACCGUCAGGUAUUAAUGCGACGAUACUCUCCCUUAUCCCCAAGACUGAGAAUGCUGAGAAGAUGAAAGACUUUCGCCUCAUUGCCUGCUGUAACCUACUCUAUAAGGUCAUCUCAAAGGUUCUUGCGAACAGGCUGAAAGUGAUCUUUCCAGAUGCAGUUGAGCCAAACCAGAGUGCUUUUAUCACAGGAAGACUUCUUCAGGAAAAUGUGUUGUUCGCAUCGGAGCUGGUGAAUGGCUACCAUAAAACCUCUACUACGCAGAGAAGUGCAAUUAAAUUUGACAUCUCAAAGGCUUUUGACACUGUCAAAUGGUCCUUCAUUACCUCCGUUUUGAAAGCAAUGGGUCUUCCGCUUCAAUUUGUUCAUUGGAUUCGACUAUGUAUAUGUACUGCAGCAUUUUCUAUCUCUGUUAACAGCAGUCUGGAGGGUUUCUUUACCAGUGCUAGGGGCAUCAGGCAGGGCAGUUCGCUCUCGCCGUACUUAUGUUAUCCUGAGUAAUGUGCUAACUAAGCUCCUUAACAAGGCAGCAGAGGCUGGGAGGUUUCAAUAUCACCCGCAAUGUCGAGGAGUCAAACUUACACAUUUGAGUUUUGUAGAUGACAUAGUCGUGUUCACAAACGGUACAGUUGGCUCACUUCAAGGCGUCGUGGAGGUCAUGCAGAAUUUUGCGACCAUGUCAGGAUUACACAUCAAUGCUACUAAAUCCACAAUUUUUGCAUCUGGACUGGACGUGGCACCCCUUCUUGCAGCAGCGGCUAGCCUGGGUAUCAGUGCUGGUUCCCUUCCUAUCCGUUACCUAGGUAUGCCUCUGAUGACUAAAUCUUUAACGCCUCUUGAUUAUGAACCGUUGAUCGACAAGGUGAGCAGUAAAUGCUAAGCUGGUCCAACAAAAGCUUAUCAUUUGCUGGAAGGCUUCAGCUCAUCAACUCUAUUAUCACGAGUACAGUCAACUUCUGGAGCUCAGCUUUUUUGCUUCCCGCUAAAUGUCUUGAAACUAUUCAAAGUAUGUGCUGCGCUUUUCUCUGGUCAGGAUCACCCACACAAACUCAUAAAGCUAAGGUAAGCUGGGCAGAGCUUUGUUGCCCAAAGGACGAGGGCGGCCUGGGGGUCAGAAGACUGAGGGAUUCCUCAAUGGUAUUUGCCUUAAAGCUUAUUUGGCGUCUGUUUACUCAGCAUACAUCACUUUGGGUCUGUUGGGUUAAGCAUUAUCUGCUCAAAGAUAGCUCCUUUUGGGACAUUAGGGACACUCAAAAAGGUUCGUGGAUGCGGAGAAAACUUCUCAAGUUGCGUGGUGGCAUAUGGAUUUCUAAAGUUUGAGGUUCAUGAUGGGAACUCUACUUAUUUCUGGUUUGACAAUUUGCUGGAUAUGGGGCGUCUAAUUGAUAUCACAGGUGCAGCGGGAACAACAUAUCUUGGGCUACCUUGUAGAGCCAAGGUUACUGAUGCGGUAAAUGAGAAUGGCUGGUCUAUUCGAGGACAGAGAAGCAGACACUACCACGACCUCUAUACUACCAUUAUAGAUCAACCGGUCCUUGCUCCUCAAAAUGGGAAAGAUGCAGUUCUCUGGAAGUUUGGCGAUGAUGAUUAUCAUGACUCGUUCUCAACUUCAAAAACUUGGGAACAAAUUCGCAAUAAAAGAGAACCAGUGGGGUGGAGCAAGGUCAUCUGGUUUACACUGGGAGUGCCUCGAUUCUCUUUUAUCACCUGGUUAGCAGUCAAGAACAGGUUGUCAACAGGUGAUAGGAUGCGUUCUUGGGGUAUGAUUCAAGGGUGCCCUUUAUGUGGAGAACCAGACGAGACAAGGGAUCACCUCUUCUUCGCAUGUCAUUAUUCAUUUACGGUAUGGCAUGGACUGGCAAACCACAUUCUUGGUACUCAUACUGAUCCGGACUGGCACUUGACGUUGAGCCAUCUGCAGGGUGUCGGGGGAAGUAGUCUUGAUACCAUCCUUAUCAAAGUACUGCUCUUUCAGACGACUAUAUAUCACCUUUGGAGGGAGCAAAAUGCGAGAAGACACCAUACAAGUUGGAUGACAGCAGAUGCUAUGUGCACUGUGAUAGACAAGGCGUUGCGAAAUCGUAUCUCAUCACUAAAGUAUAAAGCCGAUCAAAAUUUCUCAGGCCUUAUGCAGCGUUGGUUUUAUCACACUAUGUAGAUUUGAUCUUUUUCAUUCAUUCGAACUCUUGAUUUACGCUUAGGUAGCAAGAUAAAGUAGUCCCAUAUUCUUUUGUAAAUGUCAAUUCCCUAAAAGGAUGAAUAAAUUUGAAAUUUCAUCAAAAAAAAUUAAGAAAUUUACAUACACAACUGUUAAUAUUGAUAAAAUUAUGUAGAUUUGAUCUUUUUCAUUCAUUCGAACUCUUGAUUUACGCUUAGGUAGCAAGAUAAAGUAGUCCCCUAUUCUUUUGUAAAUGUCAAUUCCCUAAAAGGAUGAAUAAAUUUGAAAUUUCAUCAAAAAAAUUAAGAAAUUUACAUACACAACUGUUAAUAUUGAUAAAAUUAUGGGUGCAUGUGCCCCAUUAAUGUUGUACUGCUUUAGCCCCUGGUUAAAGCUGAGAAUUAAAGAAUUUAAUAAAUAAUUUUUUUUUGUUUCACAAAAAUUAUAAUUUUUGUUUCAAUGUAACUUUUAGCUUCUUCACCUAUUUUGCCCAUAUUUAUUAUGAUAAUAACUACAAAUAAUAAUUUUUUAAAAUAAAUUAUGUAUUAAAAUAAACUUUUUCAACAUAAGCUAUACUAAACUACGAAUUAUGUAUUUGACCAAUCACUUUCUAGGCAGCAACAUAAAACUCCUUAGUAAACCCAUCGGCUCGUGAGACUUUAUCUUAAUUUUCAGCUAGCUAAAAUGGACAAAGUCUUCAUGUGUACUCCCGACAUCUCAUGUUCGUUCUCAAAUUUGUUAUUUUUAUGAGUUUAUGCACCCACUAAUAAAGUUUUCUAGACUGGCCCCGUCUAUUAGUCCAUAACUGGUAUUUAUUUGAAAGUGGAGUCCCAUAAAAAAGGGCCAUUAAAAUGUUUCAUGAAAAUGCCAUCAAGACUGGCUCUGCAACACAUAUACAUAAUUAUACAUAUAGUUUUGGUCUGGCAUGUACUUGACCUUCUUCACUACAUUUCAGGUGGCACAAAGAAGUGGAAUUUGAAUCUAAGAUAACGUACACAAAACAUAGAGUAGCCGAGGCGUACCUGUGGGCACUUGGAACAUACAUUGAGCCUGAAUAUUCUCAAGCACGAGUUACAUUAGCUAGUGUAGUCAUCUUACUCACAGCGCUUGAUGAUAUGUAUGAUGCAUAUGGCACAGGAGGGAACUUGAUCAAUUCACAUAUGCAUUGGAAAAGUGGCUUCCCGAAGCCCCUACGGGGAUACACAGCAUGAAACAUCUUUACCGUGUCACAAUAGAUUUCUAUGAUAAACUCGAGGAGGAGCUUGAAAUGCAAGGAAAGUCAGGUUGUGGCUCACAUCUUAAGAAAUCAGUUAAGACCUUCAAUAAUCACUUUUAAGAACACUAAUUGUUGUUUUCUCUUUUGAAGCAUAUUUAGUUCUAACUGAAUUUUCAUUAUCAGUUGAAAUCAACAGCCAAUGGAUAUAUGCAAGAGGCGAAGUGGUUGAGAAAGGAUUACACUGCCAAAUUUGACGAGUAUAAAGAGAAUGCUAUCUUGUCUUCCGCUUACUAUACCAUGAUGGCCAUGACAUUUGCGGGAAUGGGAGAUUUCGCGAAACUCGAUGCUUUUGAAUGGUUAAGCUCACAACCUAAAAUAAGGAUAGCUUCUGAGAUAAUAUGUCAAUUCACAAAUGACAUUACUAGCUACGAGGUGAGCACCAACAUCUGAUUUUAAGCUCCUAAAUAUAUUUUAAGUAGCUAGGAUGACAAAUGGGUGGUCCGUGUCAAAAACAUAAUGGGCCAAUCGUAGACAUAGUCAUAUACGAAGUGGAAUCAAAUGGCUAAGCCCAAUUUUGUCUGUGGAGAAAAAUUGGAUGGAUUACGUAGACAUUGGUUGGUCCAAAAUACUUAAAAUUAGGUUAAAAUGACUUGGAGGAAGUCAUCAAUGUUCACACAAAUAAAAUGUUCAUUUAGACAUGGACAGUCCAUUGAAAACAUUUGUUUGCCAAAGUAUUGAAUACAUUUGACAUGUUAUAAUUGCAGUUUGAACACAAAAGGGAGUAUGUAGCGACAUGCAUCUAAUCCAUUAAAAUAGAGUCCUAUUUGAAAUUAUCAUGGUAUAAUUUUUUUGGACCUAUUGAAAAUGUCAUGACUAAAUAUAACACACACUUCAUAUCUCUCUUAUUAAUAAUGUAUAUAAUUUUCACUAAGGGUACAAUUAUCAUCUAAUUCUUAGAAUAUUCGACUGAAUUAAAGUUAACAUACCUCAUAUUUGACAAUUAUAUGAUUUAACCUAAUUCAUACACGUUUUUUUUUUGGAUUGAUACACGUUUUUUUCCCAAUUCAGUUCUUCUGUGUUUGUGCAUCUCAUCAUCAUCUAUCAGCAAUGGCUAUUUGUUCUGUAGUGAGUAGAAAAACCCUAGACAGCUUGAAGGAGAUGUCUUCAAGAUUUCUGGGUUUCCUCAGAAUCCUAUCAUUUACGCUUCCUGAUCUUAACUACGAUUACAAUAUGUUGGAGCCAUCGACAGCUUCGAGAUUAUGCAGACGUAUCACCAGAAGCAUCACCCACUAAUUACAACCAUUUCCUUGAGUAGCUGGAUCAGGCUGUGAACAAGGAGAUGCUAGCAGAAUGCCAUAAAGUUAAACAGUGGAGGUUUUUUGAAUUUUUUUAAUUUUUUUUAUCUCGGCUCUGUUUUGUUCUGUUGGUUGUGGAACAAGAAGAUGCUUCCAUGGUCGUCAAGUUGUAGAAUACCAUAAAGUUAAACAGUGGAGGUGUUUUGAAUUUCUUUUAAUUGUUGAUCUCGACUAUAUUGUGUUGUAUUGGUUGGAUCUCAGAAUAGAUAAAUAUAAAAGUUACAGUCUUUUGAUCAAUCAAGUUGAGUUAAAGAAGUUUAGUUGUUAAGGUAUUUGAGUUAGUAGAGAAAUCUGGUUUUGCUGAUCAGUUUAGUUGUGGUGAGUAUAGUCUGAUAUCAAGAAGGAAUCUCUUUUAGAGCGGAUUCAAAGUUUGAUUAGUAAUGAAAGCUGGUUUAGGAGGUUCUAAAGGCUACUGAGCCUUGAGCUCAGAACCAAAUAUAUAUGAUUGAUAGUUUAAGGAAACCCAAGAAAAAAUCGAGCAGAAGUUUUGGGUUUUAUCUUUGUUCUUGAUGUUUCCCCAAAAAGCAAUGGAGAAUGAGUGUUUUUUGUGUGUAAGAGAAUGAAAGUGAUUGACUUUAUUACUAAUGUACAAGUCAUGUGAACCACUCAUUUUUGGACGAACCUUGCUGCUGUCAACAUGAGUUUGUAGUCUCUUUAUGUAUCUUCAAUUACUGUUCUUUGCUUAAUGGUGUGUAUUUGUAACAUAUUACAGCAAGUUCGUGGAGAGCAACUGAAGGGUGCUUUUGGUGGCGCCAUAAACACUAACUUUAGCCUCUAGAAGGUUUGGUGAAAAGAAUGAGUAUUGAAAUUACUGUUCUGCAAACAAAUCAUGAUGAGUGUUAGUAUUUAAAUUUUUAGGAUAGCAACGAGCCUAUAUCAGUAUGGAUAACUUACAAAAACAGAAAGAAUAGAUCUCCAAAAAUUUUCCUAAUCGAGUUCCUAAAGGUAGAGUACAUGUAUAGAUUUUAAAAACUCAUAAACUGAUUAGUUUAUAUUGGGCCAAUGGUUUAUAACUUUUUUUCAGUGGGUUAGAAAUUAAUUUUUACCCCUCUACAAAAAAUAUGAUUCUAAUAUCAAACAUUUGUUUGAUUAAUUCUAAUAAUCAAAUAACUGACCAAGUAAAGAGGCAAACAAAAAUUCAUAAAGCACAAUUCUAUUAUUUUUGUCAUAUCGAAAUAAAUCACAAUACGUAAUAACAUUUGAAACUAAAUUAAAAAUGUAUAAAAGCAAAGUACAGUAAGUAAGAUUUUUUUUAACUUUCUUUAACUUUUAAUAUUGGUUUUCCUCUUAUUUUUCAUCAUUGAUUAUUUUUUGUAUCAAAUAUUCCAAUGAUGAGUUGAUAUUUAUAAUAGACACUGUAAGAUAGUCUAAUAAAAUUCUAAGAA